GCCCCGCAGUCCCCCUCCCCUAGCUCCCCGCCCCUCCGGGCGAGUCGCGCAUGCGCGUUGCGCCCAGCCUAGCCCGCCGGCCGCGUCCCCAGCAGGCUGUUGCCAUGACGAAGGAGCGUGGGGGGGACCCCCCCGGCGGGGGGGGGCACCAACCCCCGACCCCCCCAGCCCUGUGGUGGAGCGACGCAAGAAGCCGAUGGUGCACCCUGCUGCCCCCCGCCCCCCUGCCCAAGGACUACGCCUUCACCUUCUUCGACCCAAAUGAUGUGGCGUGCCGGGAGAUCCUGCUGGACCCUCGCACCACCGUGCCCCAGCUCUUCGCCAUCCUGCGCCAGUGGGUGCCCCAAGUGCAGCACAGCAUCGACGUCAUUGGCAAUGAGAUCCUGCGCCGUGGGUGCCACGUGAACGACCGGGACGGACUGACGGACAUGACGCUGCUGCACUACGCCUGCAAGGCUGGCGCCCAUGGCGUGGGGGACCCGGCGGCAGCUGUGCGUUUGUCCACACGGCUGCUGGCGCUGGGGGGGGAUGUGACGCUGCGGAGCCGCUGGACCCACAUGAACGCCCUCCACUACGCUGCCUACUUCGACGUCCCCGAGCUCAUCCGCACCCUCCUGCGGGCGGCAGCCCCCCGAGUGCUGCACUCGACCUGCAGCGACUUCAGCCACGGGACAGCACUGCACAUCGCUGCCUCCAACCUCUGCCUGGGGGCUGUGCGCUGCCUGCUGGAGCAUGGGGCCGAUCCUGCCCUCCGGAACAGCAAGGGUCAGGUGGCGGCCGAGGUGGUGCCAGACCCUACGGACAUGGCGCUGGACAAGGCGGAGGCGGCACUGGCGGCGCGGGAGCUGCGACAGCUGCUGCUGGACGCCGUCCCCCUGAGCUGCAGCCUCCCCCGCGUCACCCUGCCCAACUACGACAACCUACCCGGGAACCUCAUGCUGCUCUGCUCGGCCUCCAGCUGGGCGACCGCGUCCGCGUCGACGGCGGAAAGGUGGGGGGCGCGGGUGGGGGACGCAGGGACGGGGCAGGGGGGACGGCACCCAAGCAGGGUGCAGGCAGGACCCGUGCAAUGGCAGGAUGCUCUGCAUGGGGAUGCAG